CAACUGGGUACAUGGAAAACUCCAUUUCCUACAGUGCUAUUGAAGAUGUUCAACUGCUCUCCUGGGAGAAUGCCCCUAAGUACUGUUUACAGCUCACAGUCCCUGGGGGUACUAUCUUACUGCAGGCUGCAAACAGUUACCUACGGGAUCAGUGGUUCCAUUCUUUGCACUGGAAAAAGAAGAUUUACAAGUACAAGAAGGUGCUCAGUAACCCCAGCCGCUGGGAGGUGGUGUUGAAGGAGAUCAGGUCACUGGUGGACAUGGCGCUGACAUCUCCACUUCAGGAUGACUCCAUUCACCAAGCACCACUGGAGAUUGUCUCAAAGCUGUUCUCAGAGAACAACUUAACCUCUCAAGACCAUGAGAACAUUAUUGUGGCAACUGCACCUCUGCUGGAAAACAACCAUCCUCCUCCUGACCUCUGUGAAUUCUUCUGCAAGCACUGCCGAGAGUGCCCGCGGUCCAUGGUUGUGAUAGAAGUAUUCACACCAGCGGUACAGAGGAUUCUCAAACACAACGUGGAUUUUGGGAAGUGCCCUCUGUUGCGGCUGUUUACUCAGGAGUAUAUUCUGGCUUUGAAUGAGCUGAAUGCUGGAAUGGAAGUGGUGAAGAAUUUUAUUCAUAGCAUGCAUGGUCCAACUGGACAAUGCCCCCAUCCCAGAGUCCUGCCAAAUAUUGUAGCUGUCUGCUUAGCAGCCAUUUAUUCAUGUUAUGAGGAAUUUAUCAACAGUCAAGACAAUUCACCAAGCCUGAAGGAAAUCAGGAAUGGCUGCCAGCAGCAAUGUGACCGAAAGCCUAAUCUGCCACUCUGCCUUCUUCAAACAAAUCCUGACCUGGUCUCUCAAGAGGCCAUUUUGACUGAAUCCUGUCUCAAACCAGUUAUUGUCACUUCAAAUGAAAUUCACGUGGAAGUGGAGUACAACAACACAGCCAAUCAGAAGAUGAUAGCCAAUGUUGGCAAUGACAGUGAGCCCAACCUGAUUGACUGCUUGAUGGUCAGUCCUACCUGCAGCACCAUGAGCAUUGAGCUGAGUGCCCAGGCAGACAGGAUCCUUGGCUGUUAUGUUGAAAUACUCAAGAUGCUGUGAGUAACUAUUCUAAACAGUUUUUUUAUCAAUGUCAUCUUAAUAAUGGGGGCUUUUCCCACAAACCUGUCAUCUUCAACAUCCGUGGCCAGCAAGCACAUGGUUAUAAAUCUUAACUACAGCUCUGAAGAGUCCAGCCUUUGAAAGAGACAUCUGGUGCUGCCAGUAUGUUCUAAAAAUAGCAUUAGGAAGAUGAAAAUGGAAAGCUUAUUUGUACAGUGAGCCUCAGGCAUAUUACAGAAGAUGAAAUGUUGUCGCCAGUGGUUUCUGGUUUGUUCUUGCCCAUCAAAA